AUGACUUUCUUCUUUGACUUCUUCAGUAUCUAUUAUUCCUGUUCUGGUUUUCUACUCAUAUAUUUCUACUUUCACUUUUACUUUUACUUUAACUUCUUUUCUUUUGUUUUUAUAAUUCUGCUCCUUUCUUUAUUUUCUUUGAUUAAUAAUGCUUCUUUUUUUAUUUUCCUCCUGUUAUUUAUUUUUAUUUAUCUUUCUCUCUCUUCAUCUUUCCAUUUUUCUUCUUAUAUUUUUCUCUACCAUUUUCAUCUUCUAAUUCCAUUUCUAUUUACAUCCUGCCAUAUUUUAUUCUUCAUUCACCUCCUCUCUUUUUUCUCUCUCCUUUUAAAUCUAAUCUUCUAUUACCAUUUCUUUUUCUUUUCUAUCCUCCCAUCCUUAAUUCUUUUUUCUUUUACUCUAUCGCUUUCUCUUAUUUUUUAUCUGUUUUCUUUGAUCACCUCUAUUUUCCUUUCUCACCUGUCUGCCAAACAGUUAUCUCUCUCUCUCUCUCUCUCUCUCUCUCUCUCUCCUUUCCUUUUUAAUUCAAAUUUGCCUUCAUUUUCUGUAAUAUCCUUCUUUCUUUUUCUUGAUCUCCUCUAUUUAUAA